UAGAAGUAUUAGCUUAUUGCGGUAGAAAUGGCUCUUUCAGCUACCGAGGUUCUAGAUUCUUUCGUUCCCGGAACUACGGUCUGGAUUUUACUCGCUCUCUGUCUGUUGGCAUCAUGGUACUGGUACAGCCACAACUCUGGUACUUCACUUCCUCUUCCACCAACUCCAGGCGUGGCCCUGCCUCUUGUGGGUCAUCUGUAUCUGUUAGAGAAGAACCCUCGACGUCAGUUCAAAAGAUGGGCCGACUCGCUGGGAUCUAUUUUUAGGCUGAGGCUUGGCUCUGACACAGUGAUGGUUUUAAAUAAUUAUGACGUCAUCAAGGAGGCUUUGGUCAAACAGGGGAAAAUUUUCUCUGACAGAAAACCCGGGGCCUUUCUGGUCAAAUAUUCUCAACACCAUGACAAAGGAGUUGUACUUUCCUCAGGGGAGAACUGGAGAGAGCAAAGAUCGACUUCUCUCACAAUUCUAAGGGACUUUGGCAUGGGGAAAAAUAUUCUGGCCGAGAAAAUUUCGGAGGAGGUUGAAAUAUAUGUCAAAGAACUAGCCUCAACCAACGGGAAACCAGUUGAUUUAAAAACAAUAACGAACAUUAGUGUCUCUAAUAUAAUUUGUUCUGUUAUUUUCGGCAAAAGGUUUGAGUUUUCGGAUCCUAAAUUUGUACGCAUGAUGUCCAUUUUCAAUGAUGUUGUGCGUAAUGCAUCCGGUACGCAGAUACUGAACUUUUUUCCUGUUUUAAAGUACUUCCCUUUUGAUUUAUUUGGGGCUAAUAAACUAUUAAGAAUUAUUUCUGAAGUUCGACUGUUUGUUCGAAAUAUUGUCAAUGAAAUCAGGCAGACGUGUGACAGUGACAAUGUAGACAGUUUCGUUGUGGCUUACCUUAACGAAAAGAAGAAAAAGGAAGAAGCAGGACAACAGACGUAUUUAGAUGACGUUAACCUUGUGAGGAACAUCGAUAACUUAUUUCUUGCAGGUACGGAGACGACCAGCACUACCAUCUUAUGGAGUUUGGUUUUUGUCUUACAGAAUCCAGAAACGCAACAGAAAAUUUACCAGCAAAUUAAGGACCACGUUGGAACUGAACGCGUGCCAAACAUGUCUGAUCACGCUAGCCUAACUUAUCUGAAUGCUUUCAUCAUGGAGACACAGAGAAUGGCAAGUCUGGUUCCAUUUAGUGUUCCACAUUUGUGUAACCAAGACACAGUUCUCGCUGGUUUCCGAAUUCCUAAAGGCUCGGUAAUUUUUCCUAACUUAGAUUCCGUUCUAAAAGAUGAAAAAAUCUGGGGUGAUCCGGAAAAUUUCCGACCUGAGAGAUUUCUGGACGAGCAAGGAAAUUUGAUAAAGAGAGAAGAGCUCAUACCUUUUUCUAUCGGUCGCAGAAUUUGUCUUGGGGAAUCCCUGGCUAAGAUGGAACUUUUCUUGUUCCUGUCGUCCAUGUUUCAGAGGUUCGAGUUCCUGCCUGCUGAUGGAGUAUCGGCUCCUGAAGUCCAUGAAGUGUUUGGUGGUGCCGUAUCGCCAUCUCUAUAUGAAGUGAGGUGCAUCGACCGUAGAAUUUAAAUAUAACAACUUCUAUCAAUGAUUUGACAGAAGAAAUUAGAUUUCUUGUUAAUCCUUUUCAUACAUGUACAGCGCUUGAGUGAUAUUUUAAUUAAUUUGCUAAAACAACUAAUUAUAGAUUUUCUUUAAAUGCCACGUGUUACAGACUUUAAUGAUUUUAUCUCUCUUUUGUAUUUAAGUAAUUACUCGUUUUAGAUUUAUUUUAAAUGUAUAAAAACUUUACCAUUAUAUAAUUCAUAUUACUUUCAACCAUGUAGGUCUAUAUAUUAUAAUUUGAAUAUACAAGUUUAGUUUCUUCAGCUUAAAAUCAAUAUAUCUAUAUUUAUUUUUUUAUUUUUAUGUAUUAGACAGUUUAAAAUAAAUAUUUUUUCUUUUAUCAAAAAUUACCUUUGUUUAAAUACAUAGAGGUUUUAUAUUUUUUUAUCCAUUUUUUAUAUUUGUACAAGUGUUUAAACCAUUAAACAAAGA